AUACGAUGGUGGCGCUGUGAUCGAUAACAACAACAACAACAGACGAUAGAACCGUCGACCUGAAACUGUAAUCGGGUUGUUUUUCUCGAUUAUACGAUAAAAUAUUGUCUUUGAUACGUUCAAGAAUGCAAUAUCAAUUCUUAUAAUGAACCAUGCCUGGUGUAAUUGAUGGUCAACCAUAUUGGGAAGAACAAGAUUCACAAAUAAGAGGCAUUAGUUCUCGGUCUCACCAAAGAGCUAUGUCACCAUAUCAUCAUGGAAAUGAGAAGAUUUCAACCAGGUCACAUCAUUCAAAUGGGUAUGGCUCAGAUCAUCACAGCGAACCGAGUGAGGAUGGUGCUACAUAUCUGUUAGAACAUUUGGCUACAUUUUCAGUAGGAACUCAAUACGGUUUGGUUGCACCUAAAGAUGGGCUUCGUCGUUUAUUGCAAAUGGAAAAAUCCAGUGGAAUUUGGACACAAAAAAUGCAAAUGAGACUGGAAAGAAAUUGGGUUAUUAUUAUAGAUUACGAAAAUGGGGAUAUUGUUGAAAGAUUUCCGAUGAGUUUAAUAAGUGAUCCAACCGCAUGUACAAGCGAUGGUAGAAGAGAACUGUACAAUAACAUUCUCAUUUUCAUCGUAAGAGAGGAUCCAAAAAGUAAAAAUCAUAAUCCUUCGGAAAUGCACAUCUUCCAAUGCGCUCAAGUUUCUGCACAAGACGUUGUAGAUGAAAUAAAAAUGUUUAUGAGCGGCAAGGCAAAAUCAAGGUACAAAGAUAAUAUGAGACAACUCCCCCCUCCACCAAGCAAUCCUCCACCUGAUCCGCCCGUAAAUGGCAUUUCGGGUAUCAGUGUUAGAGAGCAAGUGAACAUGUUUAAUGCUGCAGCCGCUGCAGCCAACUCUAACUAUUCUCAACAUCGAGAAACAAAUUAUUCCCAUCAGAGAAUGGGAAGGAGCGAUAUGUAUGUCCGAGAAUCAAAUGAUGAAACAAGUUCUACUGCAAGUGAUAAAUAUGAGCAAGAUGUUGCUAUUUUAAAUCAUUGUUUUGACGACAUUGAGAGGUUUAUAGCAAGACUGCAACAUGCCGCGGCGGCUUACAAGGAAUUAGAACGUAGACAAAAAAGUCGAAAAAAUAAAAAGAAAGACAUGGGUGAUGGCAUGUUAAGCAUGCGAGCCAAACCCCCGCCAGAAAGAGAAUUUAUCGAUAUUUUGCAAAAAUUUAAAUUAUCGUUUAACUUAUUGGCCAAAUUAAAAAGUCACAUACACGAUCCCAAUGCUCCAGAAUUGGUACAUUUUUUGUUUACUCCGUUGGCUCUGAUCAUAGAUGCAGCCAAGGAUUCCAAUUAUAGUUCAAAUUUAGCUUCGAGGGUCGUCACUCCACUUUUAACUCGGGAAUCAAUCGAGUUGCUGACAAAUUGUUGUACUUCGAAAGAGACUGAUUUAUGGCACAGUCUGGGAGAACCAUGGGUUAUUCCAAGAGAUCAGUGGAAGGACUAUGACAAAGAAUAUCAUCCAGUAUUUUCUGAUGGAUGGGCUCCCGAGUAUCCGAGUUUUGAUGAUAGAGAUCCUCCUGAGCUUGCAGCUGCAGCUGCUCCAAUUUCUUCAUCUUAUCACAGAAAUGAAGCAGUUGCAGAAGAGCGAGAUUAUCAUCAUAUGUAUCCAAGAGAAGAUAAAAGUGGAAGAUACGAUGGAGGAUUUUAUUACAGUCAUGAGAAACUUGAGAAACAAUAUAAUCAUGGAAGUCCAAGUGGAAUUGGUGAUCGCCAUUCUCAUUCAAUAUAUGAAAGUAGACAAUUCGAAGAACACGAGGAAGCAAAUAGACGUGAUUUUCCUCCUGAUAGGGAUACACGUUUUCCAUCGGCAGAACGUGACAUACGAGACAGAGAUGUGCGAUCUGAUUUCAGUGCAGAUUCAAUAGAACACACAUCAGGUUCUGAUCCUCACAAACAGUUUGAAUGGCAACAACAGCAAUGGCUAGAAGAACUUAAAUCUCAAAAUGCAAAGAUUGUUCAAGUUGUAUAUCCUCGAACAGCUAACAAUGACAAAGAGCUUACAGUAAUUCGUGGUGAAUAUUUAGAGGUAUUGGAUGAUAGCCGAAAAUGGUGGAAAGCAAGAAACAUGCGCGGGCAAAUUGCUCACGUUCCACAUACAAUUAUUACCCCGUACAAUGCUAAUAGUGCCGAAAGUGAAGUUUUCAAUAAUCCAAUAUAUGCUACAAAGGGUAGCCCAAGAGAAAAUUUGAGUGAAUCUCCUCCUCUUCCAAAAGGAAAUUUCGAAGAGAUGACAACAAGUAGUCAAGAAUCUCCUUCCAGACGUCCAGCACCCAUUCCUACACCAGCAUCCGCCGACUGGGUUCGUCGAGAACGCCAGGGCAAGAAAGGUGAAUUUAGAUACUUCUAAACAGUAAAACUGAAAGUGUGGCAUCUUGCUUUUGUAUACUUGUUUGUCUUCGUUUGUUUUUGUACAGAAGAGUUUAUAUUGCGUAUACACAAGAUAGUUUAUUUGUUACAGUUAUAUUCUGACAUUGCUUAUUUUUUGUCCAAAGAAAAGUUUGUCUUUGACUGUUUUAAAAAUCUGUGUACAUGUGAAACUAUAAAUUUUAAGUAAUGGGAAUUAUAUGCUUCUAUCACGAAAAACAUUAAUAAUGUCAUCAGGAUAAAAUUAAUUAAAAGACAGUAUUACUACAAAACUAAUAUCUACAAAUGAUUAAUUAAAAUGUUUAUAUAUAUAAAACAAAAUAUCCAUAAUAAUUUAGGAGCUAUUUACAUGUUAAUUGCUUAUUACUAACAAAAAUUAUCUUUAAUUAUAUAAAAAAAAUCAGCUAUGACUCAUUAUCAAAAUUUAAUGAAUAAUCCAAUAUGAAUAUUUAUUAUGAUAGCGUUUAGAAGAACCAUUAUAAUUGCUUUCCAGUUUUCGAGGAUAUUUGUUGAUAGAAUCUUCUCAAAUAUAAUUUACCAUCUUAAUUUUAAGUUAUAUUUUAUAAAAGUUUGCAAUUAUAAUCAAAAAUAUUAAUGCAUAAAGUUUUUCAAAAAAUAUAUAACUAAUGAAUUUAUUAAUUCUAAUAUUGUUAAUAUAUGUAAAUAAAUAAAUGUUUCUAUUUUUAUAAUAUACUAAAAUAUAAUUAAAGGUUUUAAUAUAUAAUUAUUUCAAAAAUAUAUACAAAAAUUUAAAUUUUGUUAACGUAUUACCAACCAAACUACAAAUCAAUGCGCUAAAUGGAUAUGCUUGUUAAGAAAGUUGAUUAUUUAAGAGGAAAAAACAUUCCAAAUAACGAGAAGAUUUCAUUUAAUGAUUAAAUCCCCAUGAUAUUCCUUAAAUAUAAUGCUUAGAUACUUAUCCAUCUCCCACAUGAACAAUCUUUUAAAAUCUUUACACAAUAAAAAAAAUUUACCUCAAUGUAAAUUUAAUGUGUAUUGCUAACAUGAUCACUCAGGAAGAAGUUAACUGCUCAUAAUGUUUUGACUUUUUAUAUUUUAAAAUAUAAAUGUAUAUAUUGAAGAUGAUUAAUGUUUACUAAUUAAUUUUAAGAAAUCUUUAAUUAUAAAAGAAAAAAGAUUUUAAAACAAAAAAUGUUAAUAUAUUUUUAAAAUAUAUAUCUAUAUAUUUCUAUUGGCAACUGCAAAUUUAUGAUUUUUUUAAAAUAUCUUAUAUAUACUUUAUGAACAUCAUAAUAAAUCAUUAUUUAGUGUUUAAUCCAGGGGUUUCAAAAACACAUUAUUUCUGAAGAAUAAUACUUUCUCACAGUUCGAUUUGCGUGUUAUUGAUUUUAAAUCUAUCUGUUGUUAUGCCGUAUGAAUUAUAUAUACUAUGAAUUAUAUAAAGGAGCAUUGCCUUGUCUGAGAACAUAUUAUUUUUUUGUUUGAUAUAUGUUAUUGACCCUCGAACUAAUUAAGUCGUCAAUAAUUCUUGAAUCUAUUUUACAUGAUUCUUAUAGGAAGAUAAGAAUAUUAUAAACCUCUGCUGUAUGCAGAGGUUUAUAAUAUUCAGUAGUUAAACUGUACAUUAUAUAAUCUACAACAUAGAAAACAUAUCAUUUUAUGGCAGCAAUAAGUUGUGAAUUUGAGAUCCCUGGUUUAAUCCCUUAAAAGAAUCAUAAUUCUGUGUGAUGUUAUAUAAGAGAACGUAAUUAAAUAGUUUGUAAAGAAAAGACUUCUAUAUGAAAUAUUAUAUUGUUAAAUGUUUUCUAUCAGUUAAACGUAAUUCUACAAAUGAAAUGAAUUAUUUUGUAAUUUACUUUACAGUUUAUUAUUCAAUAAAUAGAUUUAUUCAUAUUAAUAAAAAUAUUACUAUG